AGAUGUUACACGCACAAUUUAGCUUGACCGUCUGCCUUUGUGUUUUGUCCAUAUUGUGUAAGAGUUUGGACGAGGAUUCAAUUAGAACCAAACAAUCUCCAUUUCCAGAACACUUAGGGAAAGAUGUAGAUGAUUACGUCAAAGACUCCCACAACGCUCUGUCGGCGGUGGAGGGAUCUGACGUCACACUAAACUGCGUAAAUGACGUCACGAGGAAGGUGAUUCGGAAUUUUCGACAGGCCAAAUAUCGAUGGAUUCAUAAUGGGAUGCGACAUAAAGCCGAACGAGGACGAGUGAAACACGAAAAUGGUUCGGUGGAAUUCAGCAACUUAAAGUGGAGCGAUGGGGGUUCUUAUCUUUGUCAGAUUGAGUACGAGCCGUAUUUAGUGAAGACUGUCGGUGUGUACUCUUUGCUGGUCAUGCCGGAGAAUCCCCCAGUAAGAGUAGUGCAGUUUGGAAGACGAUUCUGCCUUCAGUGUAACAGCGCCGCUAUCGGACACGUGUAUCGCUACACAAAGCGAAACUGGAUCGUCAACGACAAAUACACGGUGUUUGUCAACGACAUCCGGGCCAAUUCAGUGUCGGAGGAUUGCAUCGAGAUCGCGCUACCGAAAAUGUCCGGGGACUGGACGUGUGUGACGUCACAGGAAUACUCGGAGAAACAAUGGUCCACCGCGUUUUACCGAAUCCUGGUGACUCCCGAACCGUCUAUAUUUGGGAAAUUGGGAAAUUUCUUGAAGGAAAAUGUGAUACAUGCAGUUUUAUUCGCUGUUGGUAUCGCUUUGUUCUGCGUGUCGUACUAUGUUGCAAAGGUUAAGAAAGGGGGGCUCGUGAAAAAUGAAAACUCGGAAAGUAGUCCACUGACUACUGAGAACAAAACUUGAUGUAGU